UCCGCCCCGCCGCGUCGCGCCACUGGGCGCUCACACUCCGAUGGGACCGCAGCCCCGCGCCACCGUCGCGCUGCUCUGGGGCUUCCUGCUCCCGCUGAUAGCUGCUCAGGAAGCAAUCUUGCACGCGUCUGGAAAUGGUAAUUCCUCGCAGUCUAAGGACUACUGCAUGCUCUAUUACCCUGAGCUGACAACUCUGCCAAGCUCCCUGGAAAAUGCAACUUCCAUAAGUUUGGUGAACCUGACAGAGGCAUCACUGUGCAAGCCUUCUGAUAUUCCUCCUGAAGGAAUAAUGGACAAAGCAGUUGCAGUACAGUUGGGUGCCUGCAGUUUUCUGGAAAAGGCCAGGAUUGCACAGGAGGGUGGCGCUAGAGCUUUGUUGCUCGCCAACAAUAGUGUUCAACUUCACCACUUAGGGAACAAAUCUGAGUUUCAUGAUCUGAAAAUACUGCUUGCAUUUAUAAAAAACAAAGACCUGGCGGAUAUGUAUCAGACUCUUGGCAAUAACAUUACCGUGAAAAUGUAUUCUAUAUUAUGGCCUAACAUUGAUUAUACUAUUGCGAUUGUUGUAUUAAUUACUGUAUUCACUGUGGCAUUAGGAGGAUACUGGAGUGGAGUAGUUGAAUGGGAACAGAUGAAGGCAGUGAGAAACACUGAAGAUAGAGAAAAGAGCCAGAAAAAAGAUUCUGCAGCUCUAACACCUCUAACAAUUGUGAUGUUUGUGGUCCUUUGCUGUGUUAUGAUGGUCUUACUAUAUUUCUUCUACAAAUGGUUGGUUUAUCUCAUUAUAGUAAUUUUCUGCAUGGGAUCAUCAGUUGGUCUAUACCACUGUCUGGCUGCAUUGAUUUCUAAAGUACCUUGUGGACAAUGCAAAUUCACAUGUCGUGGCAAAACCAUUGAAGUGAGACUUAUUUUUCUUGCUAUUCUAUGCAUAGCAGUAGUUGUCGUUUGGUUCGUGUUUCGGAAUAAAGACAGGUGGGCUUGGAUUUUACAGGAUAUCUUGGGGAUUGCUUUCUGUCUGCAUUUCAUUAAAACAGUGAAGAUGACCAACUUCAAGUCAUGUGUGAUGCUUCUGAGCCUUCUUCUCAUCUACGAUGUAUUUUUUGUUUUCUUAACACCAUACAUCACAAAGAAUGGCGAGAGUGUCUUGGUUGAAGUUGCAGAUGGACCUUUUGGGAGUAACGAAAAGAUACCGAUACUCAUCAAGAUUCCUAAGCCGGCCUUUUUCUCAGUAAUGAGUACGUGCUCCCUGCCAUUUUCAUUGGUGGGUUUUGGAGACAUAGUUGUGCCAGGUUUGUUGGUUGCAUACUGUAGAAGAUUUGAUGUUCACAAUGGUUCUUCUGUAUACUACAUUUCUUCCACAAUUGCCUAUGCUGUUGGAAUGAUAGUCACAUUUGUUGCUUUGGUGCUGAUGGAAAAGGGACAACCUGCCCUCCUCUAUUUAGUACCUUGCACACUCAUCACUGUCGCAGUUGUUGCUUGGAUACGUAAGGAAAUGAAAAUGUUCUGGAAAGGUAGCAGCUAUCAGAUCAUGAACAACACAGUAACCGAAGAAAAUCCUAUAACAGCUGAUGAACAGACAGUCCAACACUGACAUUGUUCAGACCUGUCAUAAUGUGCCACCUGACUUUCUCCAGUAUGACUGUUUAAAUUCUGAAUUGACAAUCUGAGAGAAUCUUCCUUCAUAUGCUUGCAAAUAUAUUUUUUUAUGAACUGGUAUUGACAAUUAUAAAUAAAAUAUUUUCUGUAGCUAUGUUAAAGCUGUGCCUUCACAUUAAAUAAAAGCAUAUGGCCUGUAAAAUGUUUAAAUUUA